AUGGGCCCGGAGGAGUCCUCUGCUCUUGGCUCCGCUCCAUCACAGUCGACCAGCGAAGCUAAAUCUGCUCUGGCCUUUCCCGUCGGUGAUCCCUUUGACUUUGGUGCGUUUUUGCCUGCUUUGCCGCUUUUGUUUGAUAUUCUUUUUGCCACACUGCGUCUUCGCUUUCUAACAUUUUUGUUUCCUGGCCUCCACUGGGAUCAUCCUCCUUCACGUUUCGUGCCUAUGGCGUUAGACUUUCCACUCCCCCUUCCCCUCCUCUCCUCUCCUCUCUCCCAAUAA